CCGGAAGUGUUCACAGAAGCCAGAGUGCUUUGAACAGCUGCAAACCCGAUAUUUAUAGUCGCGCGAGAUAUAAUAGCUGCCUGACAUAGCCAUGAAACGGAAAGUCGGCGCCCUCGAGAAGGUGGAGGCGGACCUUACAAGUUUGAGGUACCGUGUAAAGCGAGACCCGCCGUCAUACGAAGGAGACUUCAUUGCGCAGUACGAGCUAUACCAGACAUAUCGCGACCUCUUCCUACAGAACCCCGCGACGAGCGACAACAGCGGCUUGGUCUCUUUUCGCGACCAGGUUGACUUUGUCACACAUUGUUCAGACUGCUAUCCCUCAAUCACGAAGGAUUUCCCCACGGACAUCGUAACAAUUCUGCGUCAGCACCAUGCGGAGAUUGAGCCGGAUCUACGAGAGAAGUUGGUUGGCAGCUUGUGUUUGCUGAGGAACAAGGAGGUUAUCUCCUCCGAAAUGCUGUUGGGAAAUCUUUUCCCCCUCUUAAUUGCCACUCCCAGUAAAUCGCUUCGCCCUCUGCUAUAUACCAAGAUCAUCUCUGAGCUGCGAAACUCUCCGAACACCAAAGCGAGCAAGGCCUUCCAAACCUCUCUAUACAACCUCGUAACUAGCGAUCGCGAGUCCUCUAAGGCGUUAUGGUCGGUCAAGAUAUGUCGAGAGAUGUGGAGGCGGCAGGUUUGGACGGAUUCCAAGGCUGUUGAGAUCCAGAAAGAGGCAACUUUGUCGGACAACGAGAAGGUCAUUGUUGGAUCAGUACGAUUUUUCCUGGGAGGCGAUCGCGAGAGAGAAGAGGCGGCGGAAGAGUCAAGCGAUGACGAGAUCGACAUGGGCAAGCUUCGCCAUCAGGCGGGCAUCAAUAAGAAGACCAAGAAAAAGGAGCGCGAUCUUAAGAAGGCCGCAGCGACUGUUAAGAGGAAGGAGAAGAAGAAGUCAGCACCUCAUCCACUAAACUUUUCGGCUUUCCACCUGCUACACGAUCCCCAGGGUUUUGCCGAGACACUGUGGAGCAAGCACUUGAAGGACUCGAAAUCAAAGCUGCCCCUCGAAUCCAAACUUCUCGUUCUGAAUCUCGUCACCCGUCUCGUGGGUCUGCAUCAACUUACGAUCAUUUCCCUCUACAGUUGGUUCCUCAAAUACCUUACUCCCCGCCAAACAUCUGUCACGUCGUUCCUUGCUUGUUUAGCCCAAGCAACACACAACUUUGUCCCUGGCGAUGUCCUAGAACCGCUCGUCACCAAGAUCGCCAAUGAAUUUGUCAGCGAAGCAUCUGCGGCAGAGGUAGCCGCCUCCGGUCUCAACGCCAUUCGUGAGAUCUGCGCCCGCCAACCCAUGGCCAUGAACGACACUCUGUUACAGGAUCUCGUGUUGUACAGGAAGAGCAAGGACAAGGGAACGAUGAUGGCCGCGAAGGGUCUUCUCUCGCUGUACCGCGAAGUCGGCGCAGAACUCCUGAACAAGCGUGACCGAGGCAAGGACGCUACCAUGGGUCUACGCGCUGGUACUAUGAAGGAGCGACGUUUCGGUGAGCAGGAGAUUGGAGACAUCCAGGGCAUUGAGCUCCUCGAGCAAUGGAAGGAAGAGGAGCGCCGUAAGAAACGUGAAGCGGCCGGCCUUCCCGCAGAUAUCGGCAGUGACGAGGAGGAAGAAGACGAAGCGGCCGACUGGAAGAACUGGGACGUCGAGUCCGACGACAGCGAUUCCUCGACCGGCUGGAUCAACGUUGAGAGUGACGGCGAAGACAUCAACGUUAGUGACAGCGAGGACGAAAAGGAUCGUCCGAGCAAGAAAGCCAAGGUGGACGCCCCAGCCAACGACGAUGCCAAGUCUACGAAAUCGGAGGAGCCAGAGGCGAAGAAGAUCUCGAAGCUGCUGACAACGACCAUCCUGACGCCCGCGGAUCUCGCGAAACUCAAGGAGCUCCAGCUCGCGAGCUCGGUGAACGCGAACAUGGCAUCCAGCAAGCGCCGCGAAGCGCUACUCGCACAGCACGCGGACGACGCCAUCACGGCGGAGACCAUCGAAGCGGCCGGCCUGCUCGGCAAGAAGAAGACGAAGGAGGAGAAGAUCGCGAUGGCCAAGGGCGACCGCGAGGAGAACCACCAGUCGACGACGGCGAAGCGUAAGGAGAAGAAGAACGCCGAGGGCAAGAGCACGACGAACAAGGAGAAGGCCAGGAAGAAGAACUUCCUGAUGACGCUGGGCAAGGCUAAGGGCAAGCAGAAGCGGAGUCUGGUUGACGUGCGGAAGACGCUGCGUGGGCAUUUGGACAGACAGAAGAGGGGUGGACGACGUGGAAACAAGUAGUCGUGAUUGUUGUUGCAGAAGUUAGAAAGGAUACCCUGUC